AUGCCGAAUGUGAAAGUUGCUGGAGGAGCCGCUGAAGCUAGUCGCAGCCGCAGUCGUAGGCCAAUACCCAUCAAGGAGACCUCGGCCACCAGACGACUCAGCAGUCCUCCUCCACCUACUCAGUUCAAACCUCGUGUCUCCUUUGACACGUUCGACAACCGCGACGCCUCGGAUUUCUCGUUGACGCUGAGCCGCAAGCAUCGCGAAUAUGAAUACACCAAGCGCUCGCGUACCUUCCUUUGCGGCACCGAUACCAACGAUUACUCCGAUACUGCUCUUGAAUGGUUGAUUGAUGAACUUGUCGACGAUGGCGACGAAGUUGUCUGUCUAAGAGUCGUUGAAAAGGACAGUAAAGAGGCAGCCAGAUGGGCUGGUGGCGGAAGCGGCAGAGAAGGCAGAGAGCGCAGUUACCGUAAGGAGGCCAACCGCAUGCUCGAGCGUAUCGAAGAGAAGAACACCGAGGACAAGGCUAUCAACAUCAUUCUGGAGUUUUCCAUUGGCAAGAUCCAGGACACGAUUCAGCGCAUGAUCAGAAUCUAUGAACCCGCCAUACUAGUCGUCGGUACAAGGGGCCGAUCGCUGGGAGGCUUUCAAGGACUGUUGCCAGGUUCCGUGUCGAAGUAUUGUCUCCAACACUCGCCCGUCCCCGUCAUUGUCGUACGGCCCUCGUCUAAGCGCGACAAGAAGAAGCGACAGAGACUUGAAGAUCCCACUCGCCGUGGGUACCGCGACAUUCUCGACAAGAGC